AUGAUUACUACUUAGAUUAGUAUAAAAAUAGCUAUGUUACUAUUUAUUCCAAUUAUUAUGAAGAGGGUAGUCUUUCAAAAUAUCUUUAGAAUAAUAAGUUAAUUAAAUUUUAAAAGUAAUAAAUUGCUUUUAAAAUAAUUAAAGGGCUUUAACAACUGCACUCACAUUCAAUCAAUCAUCUUGACUUAAAAAUUCAAAAUAUUGUCAUUUAAAAAUCAUAAUCAGGUGAAUAAAUUAAUCCAAUUAUUAUUGAUUUUGGAGCUUCUGUUGUAAAUUUAAAUCCUUUAAAUUUAAUCUAUGCAAAAAAAUAAGAAAAUAUAGCAUUUUAAUAGAUUUAAUUUCAUACUCCCUCUUAUAGAAUUCCUGAAGACGAGGUUGAUAGUAGAUCAGAUAUAUUUAACUUAGGUAAAAUUAUAUUAGAAAUAUAUUCUAAUUCUGGUUUGGGUCUUCUUCAAGACUUUUAGAUAGAUACUUCUCUUUUAAAAAAAGACGAAAUAUCAAACUAAUUAUUGA